UGCAAAUUCUCAGCAGGGUUUUGAAUCAGAACAAACCAGUUUGAAGCCUUGCUUUGGACUUAGUUUUAUUUACUGUGUUGGACACAUCAUGAGUCUUUUGUAAAUACUUCUUGACUGAAUGAAUGAGUGGAAUUAUGAAAUCUGAAGCAGCAGUUAGAAAACUGGUUGAGGUUUAAUGUAAUGUAGUAGGAUGUGGCAGGGAGAGGAAACCCAGGGAGGAGGAACAGCAUGUUUAGAGAAGGGCUUUGAACUGGUUCAUUCCGGUUCGAACCCCUGCUAAAAAUUUGCAUUUCUAACAAGUUCUCUGCUGAGAAUUUGUAUUUCCACCCCAGGUAUACUGAAUGAGAAUCUGUCUUUUAACAAGAUCCCCAGAUGAUUCUUAUGUAUAACGUCCCCAAAACUUGUUAGAAAUGCAAAUUCUCAGCACGGUUUUAAACUAGAAUAAAAUGGUUUGAAGCCUUGGUUUAGAACAACAAAGGACAGUGAGGGUGAGGCUGCAUGGAGAGAUGGGGGGGUCACAGGCAGGGGCAGAGUGAUUUAGGGCUGUGCUCCUCAAACUUCUAACACCCGUGAUGAAAGACCAGGUUUGUUUGUUUACUUGCUUUGUUUUCUUAAAUUUCCACCCUUUUGAGUACUAAUGCUUUUGUAAAAUUCAAUAACUGAAUUACGAGGAAAAUGAUCAGGUGAUAUAAAAGUUACUAAAUGCUCACUUUCCAUGUCUAACAUGUCUGAUCACCAACCGACAGAUAACAGUUCACUGACCAUGCUGGGUUGUAGAUUGCACUCUGAGUAGAAUUGGUUUAGGGAACAGUCAGAGGUGAAGCUGGAAAGAGGUCAGACCUAGACUGUGAAGAGCCUUAUACAGUACUGCAUUCUGAUGUCAUCAGAAUUGGGACUAAUUUGGAUGGGCUGCUUUCUAUUACCCUCCUGGGUUUGCACUGCAAAUUAAUUUGUUGAAAACUUUUAUGCUGAGUAGAUGUUUGAUAAAAACACAUUAAAAACUAUGUCAGCUUAGCAAUUAUUGAUUAGUGUAACAUAAAUUACUCUGUAUUUCUCUAUUUUGGGAUUGUACAUGCUGUUUUGGAAACUUGCGUUGCUGUAAGUAGCAUAACUUUUCCAAGUGUUCCCCCUAAACCCCGUCUAUUCUUCUCUAUCUUGUAUCAGCUAUUAUUUGAGUUGGUUGAAUUUUACAGCAGAUUUCUAAAGAGACCAGAACUGCCCUGAACUGCCCUGUAGGCACUCCCUGCCUUUUGUUGUCUUGCUCUCUGAUGCUUUCUUCACAGUCACCAGGUUUCAAGAUGCUGCGAGUACAGAGGACCACACUGGGCAGGCUGGGGCUCAGCCUCUCCCGGGGCUUUCACCACAAAGCAGUGGUGGCCGUCAGGCGGGAGGACGUGAACUCCUGGGAGAGACGGGCGCCACUAGCCCCCAAACACAUCAAAGGCAUCACCAAGCUGGGCUAUAAGGUCUUAAUACAGCCUUCAAAUCGGCGGGCCAUUCAUGAUAAGGAAUACGUCAAAGCUGGUGGUAUUCUUCAGGAAGAUAUUUCUGAAGCUUGUCUGAUUUUGGGAGUUAAGAGACCCCCAGAGGAAAAAUUAAUGCCCAAGAAGACCUAUGCCUUCUUCUCCCACACAAUAAAAGCGCAAGAGGCCAAUAUGGCCUUGUUGGAUGAGAUCCUAAAACAGGAAAUCCGACUUAUUGAUUAUGAGAAAAUGGUGGAUCAUAGAGGAAUGCGGGUAGUGGCAUUUGGACAGUGGGCAGGUGUGGCAGGGAUGAUCAACAUUUUACACGGAAUGGGUUUAAGGCUCCUUGCUCUGGGACAUCACACACCUUUUAUGCACAUUGGCAUGGCUCAUAACUACAGGAACAGCAGUCAGGCUGUGCAAGCUGUCCGCGAUGCUGGCUAUGAAAUAUCUCUGGGUUUGAUGCCAAAGUCCAUAGGGCCCUUAACAUUUGUGUUCACAGGGACUGGUAAUGUAUCUAAGGGAGCUCAAGAAGUAUUCAAUGAACUACCUUAUGAAUACGUGGAGCCUCACGAAUUAAAAGAAGUUUCCCUAACUGGAGACCUCAGGAAAGUGUAUGGGACGGUGUUAAGUCGCCAUCAUCAUCUUGUCAGGAAAACAGAUGGUAUCUAUGAUCCUGUAGAGUAUGACAGAUAUCCUGAGCGCUACAUAAGUCGUUUUAAUACCGAUAUUGCACCUUAUACAACUUGUUUAAUUAAUGGAAUCUACUGGGAACAAAACACCCCUCGCCUGCUAACCCGACAAGAUGCCCAGAGUCUCCUGGCUCCUGUCAAGUCCUCAGUUCCUAGUGUUGAAGGGUGCCCUGCACUGCCGCACAAACUUGUGGCAAUAUGUGACAUUUCAGCUGACACAGGAGGAUCUAUAGAGUUUAUGACUGAGUAUACGACAAUAGAGCGCCCCUUCUGCAUGUAUGAUGCAGACCAGCAUAUUAUUCACGACAGUGUGGAAGGCUCUGGGAUUCUGAUGUGUUCCAUUGACAAUUUGCCGGCACAGCUUCCAAUCGAAGCUACAGAAUACUUUGGAGACAUGCUUUAUCCUUAUGUUGAAGAAAUGAUAUUAUCAGAUGCGACGCAGCCUCUAGAAAGUCAGAAUUUUUCUCCUGUGGUACGAGACGCAGUGAUCACGUCCAACGGUACAUUGCCUGAAAAGUAUAAGUAUAUUCAAAAACUCCGGGAGAGCAGGGAACACGCUCAGGCACUUUCAAUGGACACCAAGAAAAAGGUGUUGGUUCUUGGAACUGGCUACGUAUCAGAGCCUGUAUUGGAAUAUCUGUUGAGAGAUGGCAAUGUAGAAAUAACAGUAGGUUCUGACAUGAAGAAUCAAAUUGAACAUUUACAGAAGAAAUAUGAUAUUAUUCCUGUUUGUUUGGACAUUGGUAAGCAACAAGAGAAGUUGGGCUCCUUGGUGGCAACACAGGAUCUCGUCAUCAGCUUAUUGCCAUAUGCAUUGCACCCUCUUGUGGCCAAUGCAUGCAUUACGAGCAAAGUUAACAUGAUCACUGCCAGCUAUAUUACGCCAGCGCUAAAAGAAUUGGAAAAGAGAGUGGAAGAUGCUGGCAUCACAGUCAUUGGCGAAUUGGGAUUGGACCCUGGCCUUGAUCAUAUGUUGGCAAUGGAAACGAUAGAUAAGGCAAAAGGAGUUGGAGCCACGAUUGAAUCUUAUAUUUCCUACUGUGGUGGACUUCCAGCCCCUGAAUAUUCAGACAAUCCUUUAAGAUACAAAUUUAGCUGGAGUCCAGUGGGUGUUCUCAUGAACACCAUGCAGCCUGCCACCUAUCUGCUCGAUGGAAAGGUUGUGAACGUUGCAGGGGGAGCCUCCUUUCUUGACGCUGUGACUCCCAUGGAUUAUUUCCCGGGACUAAAUUUGGAAGGCUACCCCAACAGAGACAGUACAAAAUAUGCCGAGAUUUAUGGCAUUUCGUCUGCGCACACUUUGUUGCGGGGAACACUGAGAUAUAAGGGAUAUGCCAAAGCUUUGAAUGGAUUUGUAAAAUUGGGUCUCAUAAACAGAGAUGCAUUUCCUGCCCUUCGACCUGAGGCCAGCCUUCUUACCUGGAAAGAACUCCUCUGUGACCUAGUUGGGAUUUCACCCUCCUCCAAGCGUGACGUGCUUAAGGAAGCUGUCUAUAGAAAACUAGGAGGAGACAGUACCCAGCUAGAGGCCGCUGAAGGGUUGGGCUUACUUGAGGAUGAACAAGUCCCUCAGGCAGAGUCCAUUGUGGAUGCACUCUCCAAACAUUUGGCCAUGAAGCUCUCCUACGGCCCUGGAGAGAGAGAUAUGAUUGUGAUGAGAGACACCUUUGGAAUUAGACAUCCUUCUGGACAUUUGGAAAACAAGACAAUUGAUCUUGUAGUUUAUGGGGAUAUCAAUGGCUUUUCAGCUAUGGCAAAAACUGUGGGGUUACCCACUGCCAUGGCGGCCAAAAUGCUGCUUUAUGGUGAAAUUCAAGCCAAAGGUUUGAUGGGGCCCUUUUCAAAGGCGAUCUAUGGACCAAUAUUGGACCGAAUUAGAGCAGAAGGCAUCGUAUAUACUACCCGGAGCACUGUCAAACAAUGAUUGAGAAUCAUAUUUUAUUUAUCUUACAGACAACACAGCUCUUGAACAUUUGUGUGACAAACAUGUUGUUAAUGUGCUAUUUUACAGUAUAAAGUACAAGAUAUUUUGAUUAACUCAAUACAGUGACGUUCUUAAAAUAGAAAUUUUUAUUUUAAUAUGAAAAUAAAUGGAAAAGGAGAUGCCAGUAAUUACCAGAGAACUUUAAUAAUUCUACCAUGUAUUUUUUUCCCGUGUAUGUAAAAGCGGGAGCCCUCGUGGCACAGUGGUUAAGCGCUUGGCUGCUAACCAAAAGGUCAGCAGUUCGAAUCCACCACCCACUCCUUGGAAACCCUAUGGGGCAGUUCUACUCUGUCCCAUAGGGCCACUGUGAGUCGGAGUCGACGGCAAUGGGUUUAUUUUUUCAUGUGAAAGUGCUAAUGAUUAUGCUAUCUAUUAAUUUAUUGUGCCACUUUUUUCUUAUAAGAAUACAGUAGUCCCCCCUUAUCCACGGGGGAUGUGUUCCAAGACCCCCGUGGAUGCCGGAAACCAAACCCUAUAUAUACUAUGUUUUGUCCCAUACAUAGGUACCUAUGAUAAAGUUUAAUUUAUAAAUUAGAUACAGUAAGAGAUUAACAACAAUAACUAAUAAUUAAAUAGAACCAUUAUAACAAUAUACUGUAAUAAAAGGUCUGUGAGUGUGGCGGGACUGAGCAGGACGUGGCAAGAUUUCGUGACACUACUCAUUUAACAUUUUUGGACCUCGGGAAAGUGAAACCAUGCAUAAGGGGGGCUACUGUAUAUAUUCCCCUAAUCAGCAGGUGAAGUUUACCUGUUUAGUCAGAAAAAUUUCUUCAUGCAGCUGUAUUUUUCAAGUGGAUUUUGUUAGAUACCUAUAUAGAUUACCUAACUAGAAACCUUUGUAAUAAUGCUAUUUUAUAAUUUGUUGUAAAGUUAUGAUUUACUUAGUAAAUGUCACUUUUUGUAGUUUUCUCUCGAGUGUUUGGAAAAGGGAAUAGACAAGAUUAAACUGCAUACCACAUGAUCAUCUCAACAGAUGCAGAAAAAGCACUUGGCAAAAUUCAACACCCUUUCAUGGUAAAAGGAGGCUCUGGGUCGUGCAAAUCAUUAAGCACUGGGCUUCUAACUGAAAGGUGGGUCGUUUGGAUCUACCCAGAGGGACCUCAGAAGGAAGCCCUGGUGAUCUGCUCCUGAAAGAUCCCAGCCAUUGAGAACUGUGUGGAGCCCAGUUCUGCUCUGAAACACCUGGGGUCACCGGGAGUCGGACCUGACUAGAUGGCAGCUGGGUUGACUGGGUUUUGAUAAAAGCACUGAACAAACUAGGAAUAAAAGGGAACUUCCUCAACCUUAUAAAAAGGAUCUAUGAAAAACCCACAGCUGGCAUCAUACUUCAUGGUGAACACCCAAACCAUAUCCACUGUCACUGAGGCAAGUCUGACUCCUAGAGACCCUAUAGGACAGAAUAGAACUGCCCCAUAGGGUUUCCAAGGCUGUAAAUCUUUACAGAAGCAGACUGCCGCCAUUUUUCUCCAGUGGAGUGGCUGGUGGGUUUGAUCCUCAGAUCUUUUUUUAUUUGGUUAGUAGCUGAGCACUUUAACCAUUGGGCCAUCAGAGCUCCUUAAUGGUAAGGUAAAUGACUCAAUUAAAAAAACAGGCAAAAGAACUGAAUAGCCAUACCUCCAAAGAAGACACACAAGUCAUCAAUAAGUGCAUAAAAAGAUCCUCCACAUCAUAAACCAGCAGGGAAAUGCAAAUCAAACCCACAGUGAGAUACCACUUCAUACCAACUAAGAUGGCAAUAUAAAAAGAUAGAUAAUAACAAGUGUUUAGGAUGUGGAGAAACUGGAAUGCUCAUAUUGCUGGUGGGAUUGUAAAAUUAUAUAGCCAUUUUGGGAAACAGUCUAGUAGUUACUCGAAAGGUUAAACAUAGAUAUAUCUCAUAACGCAGCAGUUCUGCUCCUCUGUAUAUAACAUGUAUCCACACAACUUGUACACAAAUAUUCAUAGCAAAGUAUUCAUAAUAUCUAAAAAAUGGAAACCACUCAAAUGACCAUCAGCUAGUAAGUGGAUAAACAAAAUAUGGUAUAACUAUGCAAUGGAAUAUUAUUUGACAAUAAAAAGAAAUGUACUGAUACUUGCUACAGCAUGGAUGAACCUUCAAAAAUUAUUCUAUAUGAAAGAAGCCAGUCACAAAAGACCACAUAUUGUAUGAUUUCACUUAUAUGAAAUGACCAAAGUAGGCAAAUCUGUAGAGACUAAACACUGAAAGGGGGUUGCCUAGGACAGGAGGGCUGGGGAAAAAUGGGGAGUGACUGCCAAUGGGGAGAGAGGUUUUCUUUUCAUGGUGAUGUGAAUGUUUUCGAGUUGACUGUGGUAUUGAAGGAGCCUGUUGGUGCAGUGGUUAUGAACUUGGCUGCUAACCAAAAUGUCGGCAGUUAGAAUCCACCAACCGCUCCUUGGAAACCCUAUGGGGCAGUUCUCUGUCCUAUUGGGUCGCUAUGCAUCACAAAUAAUCUCUGGACAUCAAUCAUACAUUAAUAAGUAAAGACAUUUAUGGCAUUUCUUUACCACAACACUGAGUUUAACACGAUAAAGAAACACAGCUCUGGCACAUUGAUUCCACUGUCAAUCUGGAACAGCACCCAGAUUGAUUUGGAGCUAGCAUCUGGGACGCAUGUGGGGGAAACCUGUUGGCUCUUAGUACAAUUAAAGUGAUUGGUUUGGGUUUUAUGAUAACAAUGAGUGAUAAAACCAAACCUUUUGCCAUCAAGUCAAUUCUGACUCAUAGCGGCCCUAUAGGACAGAGUAGAACUGCCCCAUAGGGUUUCCAAGGACAGAGUAGGACUGCCUCAUAAGGUUUCCAAGGAGCAGCUGGUGGAUUCAAACUGCUGACCUUUUGGUUAGCAGCUGAGCUGUUAACCACUGUCACCAGGGCUCCAAUGAAUGAUAAAGGGGAUACAAUUGUUUGAAGAGCUGGUCUAAUAUCAGUGCUGGUGGUGGUAAAUAGAAAAGGAAAUGCCAGUAUGCUUGAGUAAGGAUAGAUGCAUUGACCCUCAAUAAAUUUUCCAGCAGAAAUUUUAAUAACAAAGGUGGUGGUGAUAGGUUCUUGGAGUGGAUGGGUUAUAGUUUAUAAGCAUAUAUCUUUACCAAGGGUCAGCACAUUUUUUCUGUGAUAAAUAUUGUAGACUUUACGAGCCAAAGGGUCUCUGUCACAACUAUUCACUUCGGCCAUCAUAGUGUGAAAGCAGCCAUAGACAAUACAUAAACAAGUGGACAUGACUGUUCCAAUAAAACUUUAUUUACAAAAGCAAGCUGUGGGCAGACUUGGCCCUCAGGCCAU